AGAUGUGUCACUGAGUGGUUGAUUGAUUUCUUUUCAAACUGGUUUAAACCUCACAUCAGCUAUGUGACAUUCAUUUUCAAAGCAGGGCCUCGAUUAUCACGGUGAAAAAUUAACUGGUCAAGCUUAUACGUAUCACUACCUGUACGCAGGUCUGUUGGGCGAGUAGAGGAUUAUGGCAAGGGUGGGGGUUGUGCUGAUGUCCACUCCUGACUCAGACAGGUCAGAUCCAGUGUGAACUGACCCCGUCUGCUUUUGGCAACCGUCUGAGUGAGGCACCUCUAUCAGACAGAAAGAAAGGGCAACCACGGUGGGCUGCAGGAUACUCAAAGAAUUACAUAACUUUUGUUUUGUUAUGCAGCCACAUCUUCCACCACCUGCUGUAUGUUGUGUCUUCAGACUCAUCCACUGAGAAGACUUUUUGACCAAAAUGCUAAACAUAGAUGAAAGGAGAAACAAUGGUCUAUCUGCUAUAUAGCAAAACAUGUAUUUCUUUCAGACCUUAGCACCGCAUUUGUGGAAAACCUUCCAUCAACUAGUUUGACUUUUAGAAUGCAUCUGUUGAUGUAAACAAACAUGUAUAUUUGUUUCUUUAGACCUAUGUAGCCAAAGUGCAUUGCAACAAGAACAUGAGUUAUGGCUGACAGGUCAAAUGUCAUCCCCCUGGACUAUUACAUUGCAUCUUAUUUUAACAGUACAGACAUGGUGGAUGUUGUACUUUGCUUGGAAGGGACCCCAUGCAGGGAAAGAGUGGAGGCUGGCCUUGGUUUAGCAUUACAAAACCCCACCUCUCUGUCCAGCCACGUUAAAUAGUCAAACCUUGGCCCCAGUCAAACUGAAACCUACAGAUUCAGCUUCAAGCUCGUCACAAGAGUGACACAACUAUGAAAGGAGACUCUGUCAACGCCGGCCUCGCCAAUUACACCAGCCAUGCCAGUGACUUGCCACCCUCUGAAGUGAAGAUGGAGGAGAGGGGUCAGUGGAGCAAUAAGCUGGAGUUCGUUCUGUCAGUCGCCGGCUCCAUCAUCGGCCUGGGCAACAUGUGGCGGUUCCCUUAUCUGUGCUACAAGAACGGGGGAGGUGCAUUCCUCAUCCCUUACCUGAUCUUCCUGUUUACUUGUGGUGUUCCCGUCUUCCUCCUGGAGGUAGCACUAGGCCAGUACACCAGUGAGGGAGGCAUUACCUGCUGGAGAAAGAUCAGUCCUUUGUUUGAAGGUCUUGGCUAUGGCACCCAAGUGAUAGUGACUCUGCUGAACUUCUAUUACAUCAUCGUUCUGGCUUGGGGGAUUUUCUAUCUGUCUUUCUCCUUCUCUUGGGACCUACCUUGGUCUUCCUGCAACAAUACGUGGAAUACAGAAAACUGUGUGGAGUUUCAGAGGAGAAACACCUCAACUGACCAAAUGAUCAACCUGAACACCACCUCUCCUGUCAUUGAGUUCUGGGAGAGAAGAGCACUAAGGAUUUCCCCAGGUAUUGACCAAAUGGGCUCGCUGAAUGGGGACCUGGCCCUGUGUCUGUUCAUCGCCUGGGUCAUGUGCUACUUCUGCAUCUGGAAGGGGGUGAAAUCCACAGGAAAGGUGGUCUACUUCACUGCGACCUUCCCCUACGUGAUGCUGAUUGUGCUGUUGAUCAGAGGACUCACCCUUCCUGGCGCUGGAAUCGGCAUCCAGUUCUACCUUUACCCUGAUUUGGGGCGACUGGCAGAUCCACAGGUGUGGAUGGAUGCUGGCACUCAGAUCUUCUUCUCCUAUGCCAUCUGUCUGGGGUCGCUGACUGCUCUGGGCAGUUACAAUAAAUAUAAUAAUAACUGCUAUAGAGACUGCCUGGCGCUGUGCUUUCUGAACAGUGGCACCAGCUUCAUGGCAGGCUUUGCGAUUUUCUCCAUCCUGGGUUUCAUGGCUUAUGAGCAAAAUGUUCCCAUUUCAGAAGUGGCAGAAUCUGGCCCUGGCCUGGCAUUCAUAGCUUACCCUCGUGCUGCGUCCAUGAUGCCCUUGUCUCCCUUGUGGGCGGCCCUCUUCUUCAUCAUGAUUGUUUUUCUAGGGCUGGACAGUCAGUUUGUGUGCGUGGAGAGCCUUGUGACGGCCAUCGUCGACAUGUACCCAGCCGUGUUCCGUCGAAAGUACCGCCGGGAGCUCUUCCUGUUAGGCGUGGUCCUGGUCUCCUUCCUCAUGGGCCUCGUCAUGCUUAUGGAGGGGGGCAUGUAUGUCUUUCAGCUCUUUGAUUACUACGCAGCCAGCGGCAUGUGUCUUCUCUUCAUGUCCAUCUUUGAGACAGUUUGCAUUGCGUGGGUUUACGGCGCUGAUCGCUUUUAUGAUAACAUUGAGGAUAUGAUUGGUUACCGGCCAGGACCGUAUAUCAAGUGCUGUUGGUUGUUCUUCUCCCCUGCCACGUGCAUUGGCACCUUUGCAUUCUCCCUCAUUAAAUACACUCCUCUGAAGUAUAACAAUGAGUAUGUGUACCCGUGGUGGGGAUAUGUGAUCGGCUGGCUGCUUGCUCUCUCCUCCAUGGUCUGCAUUCCACUUUGGAUGGUGUAUAAGAUCAGCACCACCCAGGGGACACUCAGAGAGCGCAUCCAGUUGCUCAUCAGACCAUCUGACGACUUACCUAAAACCAAGAGGGAGCAGGAGAGGUUACUGGCUAUCUUUGCUCCAGAGGUAGACACCACCAAGACUACAAAUGGCUACUUCCCCGUCUCUGAGGCGGACUCCAACUUGUGAGGCUUCAGUGAUAUGUGGGAUCCACUUACUUUAAUACAUAACAUACACGGUGGACUCAGGCGAAAGUAGUGGGUUGACGAUUUUUGAGUGAUAAAUUAAGGCAGAAGAAAUUAAAAAAGUAUCCUGACAUUUGAAUUAAGAAUUUUCAGAGUGGAAAGGAGUGUUUUUCAGGGACAAAAGUAAUUUAGACAAACUUGUUCUUGAGUCUGUGAAUCCAUCGGUAAAGUUUAUAAGUAACCCAAGAAAAGCAAAGUCACGGGAGGAACAGGUGAAUCAUUGGAUGUUCACACCUAACACUUAGAGAGCAACUUCUUAAUGCUCCUUUAUGUAUCCGACAACACUGCAUGGCUGUUUUGUCAUAUUUGUAUCAUAUUGUUAUGUUGUGAUAAAUAACUGCAGAGGUUUUCCUUUUGUAUUUAGGGAAAAUUAGAUUAUGCUUAACAGUAGACAUAAUUGGAUGCAGAAUAAAUACAUGGAAAUGCAGAAUACUGAUAUGGACUAAUAUGGCAUAUUAACUGUAGUUUCAUUUUUUGUACUGUAACGUAUAAUGACUGUACAAAGAAACGUUACUGUUGUAAGUGUGGAUUAAAAAAUCUUUGUAUGUUGUCCUGAA